UCACGUCGUUUCUUUAUCUUGAUUUAUAGAAGAAAAGAUUUCAUCCCGAAAUUUUCUUCGCGAAAAACAAUAUUUGGGUCGAAAUUUAAACGAAAGAAGAUUGGAGAAGAGUAAUACGAUGGAGUCUCCCCAAAGCGGUAGUCAGGUUUCAAUGUCGGAGACUGCUUCAGUUGCAGGGACAGUUAGCUCUGAGAGUUCCGUGGGUAGGACACCUAGUGUGUCUGCGACACCAGAGAGUAUUCCCGCUUCUACACCAGCUCCUGUCCCUCAACCAAAAUCCCAGCCGCCUAAACGACGUGGCAAAGCUCCAGAGUUGCCUGUCUACGAAAGAAGAAAUUGGCUCAUUCAUCUACAUUACAUCAGAAAGGAAUUUGAAGCCUGCAAGGCUCUGAUAAAAGAACAGCUUGCUGAAACUCAAGAAAUGUGUGAAUAUGCUUUGUAUGUGAAAGCAUUAAUUCUUCGUCAAGAGGGUCAAAUCCAGGAAUCAUUGGAUCUCUUCCAGAGGACUGUUCAAAUCAAUCCACAGAGUGCUGACAACCUCAAACAAGUUGCAAGAUCUCUUUUUCUUCUUGCUCGCCACAAGGCUGCUCUUGAAGUGUUCAAUGAAGCUGCAAAACUUAGCACCAAGGACUGGGAAAUUUAUCAUAACCAAGGUGUUUGCUAUGUCUACAUGAAAGAUUUUGAAAAGGCAAAAGAUUGUCUGACGCAUGCCUUGCAGUAUCACCGUCAUGAUGCAUCUUUCAUACAGCUAGGAAAAGUUUUACUCUUAGAGGGAGAAACAGAAUCUGCCAUUGAUAUUUUCAAGAAAGCAAUAGAAUUCUCACCUGAAAAUCCAGAUCUCAUGACAACACUUGGACUGCUCUACCUAGAGCUUGGUCAGACGUCAAAAGCUUUUGAGCAUCUUGGCAAUGCAUUAACGUAUGAUCCAAGCAAUGUAAAGGCUAUCUUGGCAGCUGGUUCUAUGAUUCAGUCACACGGUGACUAUGAUGUGGCACUGACCAAAUACAGAAUAGCAGCCGCAGCUACGCCUGAAUCACCUCACUUGUGGAACAACAUCGGCAUGUGCUUCUUUGGAAAAAAGAAAUAUGUCGCAGCCAUCAGCUGUCUCAAAAGAGCUACAUACAUGGCACCGUUUGAUUGGAAAAUCCUUUAUAACUUGGGAAUCAUUCACCUUACAAUGCAACAAUACGCGUCUGCCUUUCACUUCCUAAGUGCAGCAAUUACCCUCAAACCGAAGCACGGUCACCUCUUUAUGUUACUUGCAAUUGCCCUGACACACCUGGAGGAUCACGAGAAUGCUAGACAUGCAUACGAACAGGCAGCAAACUUAGACAACUCCGAUCCUUCUAUAAACUUGAACUUCUCGAUUUUCCUGUAUAAUACAGGCGAGAAGAAAGACGCUGCGAAACAGUUUAACAUUUACGAGAGAAAAAUGGAAUCCUACCGAUUAGUCAAAGGUGUCGAGAUUGACGCUGAGCUUGUGGACGUAGCCAAUAAGCUCGGUCCAGCUUUACAAGUCGGAGAGAACCUAGUCUGGGAAGGAAGUGACACUGGCCAGUCAUCACGGGCGGGUUCCAGAGAUCCCUCAGCGCCAGAGUCAGUGGCGAGCAGUAGCUCGUCUUUUCAAGAGGAUGGCUCUUUUGUGUGAACUUUUUAACGAUACAACAUGGUGUAAUGCUCGUUGCAGAGUUCCCCAAUAUCCCAUUUUGGUGCUUGCUGAACUGAAACUUUGUAGAAUAAACUGUGUUAAUUGCAUGUGAAUAAUACUUUUUACAGCAGUUACUAUGAUCUACCGACUAUGUGUUUUAGUAGAUUUUGAUCUUUAAGCGUGGGUAUGUAUUUUCCCGCAAUUUCUGCGUUCAAACCCUGACGCCUUCAAAGAUCUUUUUCAGGAGGGUACACUUGCUGCUUUUUCUGCCUUUUUCGUACCACUGCCUGCGGUCGUAAUCCAGGGUAAGGCUUAUGACGACACGAGAUUUACACUCUGCAAGGGACUCUUUGUCCAAAAUACACUUUUACGUUUGCUGAGACCGUUACAGUAGAACCGACCAACUUCAAGUAAAGUUCACUCUGCCUGAGAACAAAAUUCAUCCAAUUUCAAAUUCAAAGAUUGCAGUAUGUUCAUAAAAAAGGAUUUUAGUUAAAUUAGUCGCUCUGUGGUAAGCUUUUCUCGUUGGUUGUAUCUCGCUUUACAUUAAUUCAAAAUGUACGGCACAGCCAUCGUACCAACUAUUAGCUUACUAGGUAUUCUUUAUAUAUGUUAUUUAUCUUGUAAUGAUAUGUUAAUAAUGUGAUAAUAUAAUGCCAUAAUUAAGAUCAGUA